AUGAGCACAAGAAUGGAGCGGCCAGGGCGACGCACGAAGACUGGCUCUCUGAGCGGAUUAUCGGGCGGAGUGCCAAGCUCGUGCGGCGUGCGGCGCCAGCGGUCGCUCGAGUGGGGCGGUGACCGCUACAGCAGUAGUGACGAGGACCGCCCGCCGCAGCCGCCGCCGCUCGCAGACAGAGUCUUCGCUUCGCUUUUAGCACAGGCCACGCAACAGUUUGACGAUGAGCAAAGACGAAUCUACGGCUCGGAAGCGGGCGACAAUCCUCCUCGCUACGUCAGCAGUCCUCAAAGACAAGCAUCACCAUUCCCGUUAGAGAGCACCAAUCGACGUUAUUAUAGAAGAAACAGGAACUCUAAAGGUGAGGAAAUAUUUAGUGGGGAUGUUGGCGGUGGCACCCUGUCUCGCCGUCGACGCGGAGAUGACUUCGUUCAGGAAAAUAACAUUCGGAACAAUCGUCUUUGCCUCAAUAAUGGUACCUCAAGCUCUGGGGGUCAGGGUGAGCGUGAAUGCGAGUCACCUCCUGAGCCGGCUCCUCCCGAAGUGCCUCCGAGAGGGCCAUCAUUGCACGUCACUUUGCGCCAUCGACCUUGCGAACAGAAUGCGGAACCUGAUCGUCUUUAUUUAUCUGAAGGUAAGAAGAGGUGGUUUUUUAACCUUUGCAUCAAAGGGCAUUAA